AUGAGACGCAUAUUCAUCUUAUUGUGUUUGAUAACGCGCGCGUGCUUCGAGAUACAAACAGUUCAACAUUUUUAUAUUUCACGUAAAACAAGACCAAAUUUACCACCAGUUAAAGCUGGUUACGUUUACACUCAAGUUAAUGACGAACCGGUUAAGUUUUCUUCGUUCUAUAAUAAAAUAAACGAUCGAUCGAAGACGAAAGCAGAUGAUGAAAUUGACAGUUCAUUGAAAUUAGAUGAAAAUAAAAUUAAAGAAAAGUGCACGGCGUGCGACGUUAGUACAUAUAACAAUAAAAGUAAAGGACCUCCACAAUCAAGAAAAGAUAUACACGAUUCCAUGUCUGAAAGAGCUGAGAAUCUAUACGAAGCUUCGAGUAAUAUCGAAACAAACCAAUACUUUCAUCCUGAUGAUGUAAACCAAGACUUCCAUACUGACGAUGAAGAUAUCAGAACGGAUUCCAGAAACUAUUAUGGCUGGCCUUACUUUUACCACAGUCUCUACGAAUAUGAGCCAAUGAAUGUUAACAUUGAAUACGAAAAGGCAAAAGAUAAACGUUUCAUAUCUCCGGGAGUUGAUAAAAUUAUUCCCGUCUAUGAGAAUGUGGAAGAAGACGUACCUGAUACUCAAAAGUAUUCUGGUUAUAAUGAUAUGAACAUUUUCACUACUGAUAAUCCUAAUUAUGGAAACCAGCCGUUUUUCUCAUACGUUCUUAAUGAUUACUUCGAUCACACAUAUGAUGAUGAUCCAUUGCAUUUCAAAGGAGUUCCAUGGGAACAUAAGAUACCAUUUAAAGACAUUUAUGAUUCUUCUAAGCGUGUAAGACGUCUUAACGACAACAAACCAGAAUAUCGUUCAGAUUUUUCACAUGGUCGUGACACAUUACAAGAAACGAGUAACGGAAAAAACUACGAUAGCGAUCAUGAAUCAGAAAGUAAUGAAAAUGGUAAAGAUAACAAAUACAGCUAUACUGGAGACUACAAGGAAAAUGAUCAUAACUAUAGAGGGUUUAAAGAUUUCGCUGAUGCCUUUACGAACAGAUUUGGAUCAGAAGAUCACAACAAAGUUGCUAAGUAUUCUAUUAAAAAUAACACCAAUAAAGGUGGAAAAAAGAAAGGAUUUCGAAAAGUUUACCAUAAAGAUGAAUAUCAAGAACACGAUGAGUUCUUUGACGAUAACAAUAAUAGUUUUAAUAAAGAAGAAAACGGUGAAUCUAAAGUACGUGUUGGUGGGUCGGAUGCUCUUUUACGCUCACAAGCGGCAGCGGCGUUAGGAAAUAAUCAAAAUAAACUAAACAAAGCAGAAAAUAUUGUAAACCACAAUUUUGACGAGAAACGUGCCGAGAAACAACGGCAUAAAGGGAUUGAGAAUAAUUAUAACCAGUAUAGAGAUUUAGUUAAAAAUGCCGCCUUUAGUAACAACGCCGAUUAUUUCAAUAUUUAACUGAUUUCAAUGAUGCGAUGAGUUUUUAUUUAAUAAUACUUUU